AAUUAACAUAAAAUUUCACAGUAAAAUGAUAACUGAGUUUUAUCAACAUGCAAAUUAGCAACUGUGUUAAAAGAUGUGUGACUACUACACAAGUGAUGCAAAGCUGCUACAUAACUCUGGUCUUUAUCUAACUGGUUCUGCAGCAAGAAAUAAAGCUGAAAGAUUUAGGGACAAACUCCCUAAGGUAAUAGAUGGAAAACUUGCAGUGGGGCAAAAUCUUUAUAAACCUCCUUUCAAACUGGCAGAAGUAAAGCUGGUGUGCUGCAUUUGCAAGUGGUUUCAGAUCUGUUGUUGAAGAGCAAAACUUAAACAAUGCAAGAGUUUCCGUUAUUUUAACAAUUACUCUUUAUUCAAGGUCCUCCCCCCAUAAUUCCUGGAACACCUCCACCGGCUUAUUCAGAAAUGCCACCACCCUACACCCCACCAAUUUCAAUGAACACUGAGCCAUCUGUGAUCUGCAGAGUUUGUCAACAGCUCAUUUACAUUAAAGGAAGGGAACACCAGCGGGUUGUGAAGUGUGCCAACUGUCAAGAAGCUACGCCUAUAAAAGCACCUCCAGCUGGCAAGAAAUACAUUCGUUGCCCAUGUAAUGCUCUGCUGACCUGCAAGGUCUCCUCCGUCAGGAUAUCUUGCCCAAGAGUUAACUGCAAGCGCAUAAUCAACCUUGCAGCACCUCCAAUGCUGCCGCCAGCAGCAACAAUACCAUCUAUGGCUAGAAGUCAGUUUAGAGUGACUUGUGGACAUUGCAAUGAGAUCUUUGUGUUUCACACAACAAGCCACCUGGCUAGAUGUCCCCACUGCAGAAGAAUAUCUUCGGUGGGACCAAAUUUUGCCAGGACUCGUGCCACUAUAUUUGCUGUCAUUGGAUUCAUCUUCCUAGCAGCAGGUGUUGGAGUUACUGUGGGAACCCUGGACCUUGCAAGAGAUUCAGGAGGUAUCUAUGUGGUUUGGAUUGGCGCAUUUGUUGCUGGUAUCCUUAACUUGAUCAGAAGUUGCUAUUACUGCACCAUGACUGUCAGUUCAAUUGAAGGAGAACCAUAAAUGGGUGUCCUUGAAGAAGGCAUCAAUAGAAAGAACAGCAAGAGAUGUCUUUGCAUGCAAUUGUUAUUUUGUAAUAAAAUCAGCCAGGAUGCUAUGCACAAAUUUGAGAAAAAACAAGUUGCAGCGCUCAGAAUAUUGCCUUGACAGUGGGCCAGAUCUUACUGUCUGAUUGUUUUUUUUUGUCUAAUUGUCUUAAUCACAUUGCAGUAUGUUCAGGUCUUUUCUUUCUUACUUGCUUACUAAUUCAACGUCCAAAUGAAUCAUUGACUGUCUGCUAUUUUGAGUACUGUACUGUGUUAGAGCAAGGCUAUUUUUUUUUUGUUAAUGGAAUUUAUGCAGUAACCUCAGGUUUCGUAAUUUUCUCAUAAUCAUUAUUUUAUUUCCACUUUAUCAUUUUUGAAUGUGCUAGGAUAAAGCAGAAUGUGAGCCAUGUUGGCUGAAGGCAUAUUUUAUUCAGCAAAGAACUUGAAAAAGAACAAAGAAGAACCUGCAACCAGAGGUCUUUGGUUGACAGUAAAUAUUGUUCAAAUGUGUGCUUGGCAUGCUAGCAAUGAAAAACCAGUUAUAAUUAUUUCACAUUAUAUAUUAGAAAUAGAGAUAUGUUAAGAAAGGAAGCAUAGUUAUCCCAAAACUAACUUUCUAAACUGAAAAUAGCAAGUUGACCCAAAUAAUUUAGUAUGUACAAAACUAAACUGCUAAUAUCAUGAAUGAAUGGCAGUCUUAAACAAGGUUUUUUAGGUGUCUUUUAGAAACUUAUCCAUCCCAGUCAUUUCAUAAAUUGAGUAGUUUUGAUCUUUAGAGGGCCCCU